CGGGCUUUGGGCUUUGAGGCUUUGAAUUUCGAGUUUUCUGUUUUCACUUUUAGCUUCGCUUUAGAAUUUGAAUACCGUUUUUGUUCUCUGCUGGAAAUAAGUGAUUUUCUUGGUUAUGGAUGGAUCUGGGGAUGUGAAACCGGAGAGUCAUCUGAAGAAUGUAAAGAACAUCCUGCUGAUCCUGUCCGGCAAAGGUGGAGUGGGAAAGAGCAGCGUCACGGUGCAGUUAGCGCUGACGCUGCAGAGCCAAGGCAAAAAAGUUGGCGUACUGGACAUUGAUCUGUGCGGACCGAGUAUUCCGCGUAUGUUUGGCAUCGGCCAUGAGCGCAUCUACCAGAGCUCACAAGGUUGGGUGCCAAUCUACACCGACGCGUCAAAAAGCAUCGGCCUGAUGUCCAUCGCCUUCCUGCUGACCAAUCCGGAUGAUGCCGUCGUAUGGCGCGGACCGAAGAAGAACGCCAUGAUCAAGCAGUUGCUGGAUGAUGUCUUCUGGGGCGACAUUGAUUAUCUGCUGAUUGACACGCCGCCCGGGACGUCCGACGAGCACAUCACCGUGGCCGAAGCCCUGCGCGGUUAUCAUCCCGACGGCGCCGUCCUCGUCACGACGCCGCAGGCGGUAUCGAUAGCGGAUGUGCGGCGUGAAGUUACCUUUUGCCGGAAAGCCGGUCUGCCCAUUGUCGGGAUUAUCGAGAACAUGAGCGGCUAUGUUUGUCCGCAUUGCGAGGAAUGCACCAAUGUUUUCUCCAGCGGUGGCGGACGAAUACUGUCCGAACAGUAUCACAUUCCAUUUCUCGGUUGUGUUCCCAUUGAUCCCGAACUGACCAGCACCCUGGAGAGCGGAAUGAAUUUCGUCAACAAAUUCCCGCAGUCCAAAGUGGCCGGCGUGUUCCGCACGAUUGUCGAAACGCUGGAAACGAAUUCGCAAAAUAAACUCAACGCGGACCAAUAAUUUUGUUAGCCAAAAAUAAUUGUUUUAUUUUUAAAUUUGGUCGGUUUUACUGCGUACUUAUUCGUGAUCGGCCUGGUUAUUGUUUUUUCCUGUAACCACACUCUGUCGAUUUUUUAAAAACAAAAAUGUGCCAUUAUUUUGCUUUACUUCCGGUGCAAAAAGCUGCCGCUGUAUUUUGAACUGGGAAAAAUGAAUUUCUGAAUACUUCUAUAAAAACAGUA